AUUCCCUCCUUGGCAGAUGCACGUCUGUGAGGAUUAAGCUGAGGAUUAGACAGCCUGACGGCACAGCCAAGACUCUCCUCAUCUCACACCAACAGCUCCUGCGCCACGACUCCAGCCAGACAAGAAUGGGAAGAAAACAAACAACAAAAUGCCAAGUGUCAAACCCAAGAAAAAGAAAAUCAAGAAGGACAUCAAUGAAGUUGAGGAACCACAAGCGGGGCCCGAGCCAGCUAUAGAAAUGGAGGAUCUGGAGAGCCGGAGAGAGACCCUGACCCCUGAGCCUCAGGACAAUCCACCACAGAAGAAGAAGAAGAAAAAGAAGGCACAUACUUUUGAUGAGAGUGAACAACAGGACCUUCCUAAUGGAGAUGUUCAAGAUCCACAUACAGAUGAUGAAGAAGUCACCAGAAAAAGCAAGAGAAAAAGGAAGGUUAAGAUGAUGGAAAACCAGUCUCAUAAUGAGCUCGGCGUGGAGGAGGACGACAUAAUCACCGAUGUGCACGCACCCAUAUCUCAGCGCUCUCUAUUCUCAGCCCCUCUGGGUCACAGUCAUCCGAUCGGAAAAGUGUUUGUGGAAAAGAACCGCCGCUUCCAGGCGACCGAUCGUUUGAAUUUAUCCCGUGACCAUAUGGAGGAGUACAUGGAAGUCAGGCCAAUGUGGAAUACACGAGAUGUCGCCAUGAGGGUCCACAGUGGCUUCAGGAUCAUUGGACUGUUCUCUCAUGGGUUUCUGGCAGGAUAUGCGGUGUGGAAUAUCAUUGUGGUGUAUGUGUUAGCUGGAGAGCAGAUGACCACUCUACAUAACCUUCUCCAGCAGUACCACAGUCUGGCUUACCCCGCACAGUCUCUGCUUUACCUCCUGCUGGCCAUCAGCACCGUGUCUGCCUUUGACAGGGUGAAUCUGGCCAAAGCCUCCAUGGCUCUUCGGGGUUUUCUCACUCUCGAUCCAGCGGCUCUUGCUUCCUUCUUAUACUUUGCCGCUCUCAUCCUGUCUCUGAGCCAGCAGAUGACCAGUGAUCGAAUACAUCUCUACCCCACAGCCAAUGAAACGCUUUGGCCCCCGGGUUCAGAACAUCAGAUUCUCCAGCCCUGGAUCGUGGUAAACCUGGUCGUAGCUCUUCUGGUGGGUCUGGCCUGGGUGUUCGUUGCUACACGACCGGACAUGGACUACACCGAGGAGUUUUUAAUGGCGAUGGAGGUGGAGGAGUAUCCGCGUCACGAUGAGAAAAAUGAGCUGGCAGCCUGAUACACCCAUGCAUGAUUUACAUAUAUUAACAUUGUUUUGUGUUAAAUGUCUUGAAGUAAACAUUUUGUAUGUUACGUUGUUGUUGUUGAGCUUGUUACAUACUGUAGAUAAUAAACUUUUUUGUUAAGUUUCCUGUUUGCCUUUUUUGUUGAUCUUCUAAGUGUGUAUUUUAGAAGUACGACUUUUUUUUGUCUAUGGAUCGACAAGAACUGAAUUUACAGUAUAGUCAUUGAGCAAUUAGAAAUGUUUUGUUUAAAUGCUUUUACCAGAAGUAUUGUAUUGCAUAUUGCAGGUAUUAAUUGCAGUAAGUUGCUUUGCAUAGAAGCUACUAAAAUUGUGUGCUAAAUUAAUAAAGGCAAAUAAAUAUAGCA